CGCACCCGCCAGAUGGGUCAACCCACAACGGUAAACCUAAAUUGUUUGCCGCUUUGGUGCGCUAUCUACCACUCAUCCAUGGCGGCCGUAUUAUCGAUAUCACCCUCUUCUUGCUCACGCUUCCGCCGUGGGUUUAAUCCUCUUCUCUGCUCCAGACAGCGUCGCGUUUCCGCAUCACUUUCCGGCAACCGUAUUAGACCUUACAGAUUGUUUGUCACUUCUGCAACAAAACUUGAUGUCUUUACUUCGCCAGAAAUUGCGAAGUCAUUUGAUUUUAGUAAUGAGGAGCGCAUCUAUAAAUGGUGGGAAUCUCAAGGGUAUUUUAAACCAAGCUUUGACAGAGGGAAUGAUCCUUUUGUGAUUUCAAUGCCACCACCGAAUGUUACUGGCUCAUUGCACAUGGGACAUGCAAUGUUUGUUACUCUCGAGGAUAUUAUGGUACGAUACAACCGAAUGAAAGGACGGUCCACACUUUGGCUUCCUGGGAUUGACCAUGCUGGUAUCGCGACUCAGUUAGUCGUGGAAAGAAUGCUGGCCACUGAAGGAACAAAGAGGACAGAAAUGAACAGAGAUGAAUUUAUCAAACAUGUAUGGGAGUGGAAAGAGAAGUAUAUCUCUUCAUUCUCUCUCUCCAAACCAUAGUUAUCACGGCGCCAAGGCGAGGCGUGGCGCCAAUGUAUCGCCAUGACGCCUAGGCGAGCGCCUAGGCGACGAUUAGGCGACAAAUU